AUGAUAGCUUGGCGGUUUCAUUCGAGAAACUUACAGAUUCCAACGGACUUGUUCGUUUAUGCUGAGGCACAUAAUAUCCAACUCGCCACCCAUGAUGAUCCCAAAGAGUGGGCAUUUGGAGAAGACGUGCUCAACUCAAUAAACAAAAUCACCAAUUCUGGUACUUCCAUAAAGACUAAAUGGAUAGCCAAAUAUACAUACCACAUACCGGAAACGUCAGAUUUGACAGCUAAAGGUUUUUUCGUGCACGUCACAAAUAGCUGA